AUGUCACCUGCAAAUCCCGUGGACGAACCUGACUCAAGCCUUAAUGGCAUUGGCCAUAAGCCGGUCAAGUCAUCUAAAUCACCAUUACCCGAAGUAAAAGAAUUCGAGAGCCCCCUCGCAACUGUGGGAGAUAUUGUCAAUGCCCUCAAAAUCACAGGCGGAGUUAUUGUUCGCAACUUUUUGAGCUUGCAAGAGAUAGACCGUAUAUUGGAAGAUGUCAAUCCAUAUUUGGACUCGGACAAGCCUUGGGAUGGUGACUUUUUCCCGCCAGAAACACGACGGGCUUUUGGCUUGAUGGGUAAAUCUUACACAUUCGCUACGUCGAUUGUGGGAAAUCCUCUUUGGAUGGAGGUCACCGAUGCUCUGCUCACGAGUUACAUCAAACAUAACUGGGUUGGCGAGAAGAACGAAGAGAGUAUCAGUCUUCCUCAGCUCCAUAACACCAUCGCCUUCCGCAUUGGACCUGGAGCACGAGCUCAGGUUCUUCACCGCGACGACCCUCCUCAUCAUCCCAACCGUGGUGCUGUUGCUGAGCAUGUUAUGGGAAGAGACUGCGGAAUUGGCUUGUUUGUAGCUGCCACUCGAACUACAAGAGCGAAUGGUGCAACUCGCUUCAUUCCAGGAUCUCAUCUGUGGGACUACCGAGACGGCCCACCGAGAGAAGAGCAGACGGUAUAUGCCGAGCUUAACCCUGGAGAUGCCUUUAUGAUGCUCUCGGGAUGUUUUCAUGGAGGGUCAGCAAACUCUACAACGGAUGAAGACCGUGUUCUCUUGUCGACUUUUAAUACCAGAGGCUGGCUGAGGCAGGAGGAAAAUCAGUACCUGGCAAACAGUCUUGAUUCUAUUAGAAAGCUUCCUCGAGCCCUGCAGGAGCGUAUAGGGUAUGGACUGAGUCUGCCGUUUCUGGGCUGGGUGGAUCUUCACAGUCCAAUAGCAAUACUGUAUCCAGAAGAGUUCAAGAGCCAGAAAGAUCUCUUGUGA